AUGUCAACUGCAACGCAGCAAUACUGUAAAAAUGCUCUCCAACCACCGCAAAUCAACCAAUCUACCCUCCAGCAGACCCUGAAAGAACUCCAGCACGCAGUAAUCCAGGGCACUAAAGUACUGCAAGCUGGCUCUCAGGCCCCAGUGAACUCUGCUGACCAUAGUAGUAUUUAUAGCGGGACAGCAGGCAUCGUACUGGCGUUUCUUCGACUAGAGCGCCAAAAAGACGUCCUCGGGGAGACGAAACUUCCUGGUUUCGGAAGACUUGCGAGCGAGAGGAUCAUUCCUGUUGGCAAUGUGAAAAUUCCGCCUCCGGGAUACAUGUCGCCCGUGGGGUCGUCACUAGGACCACUCGCCAUGCGAGUCUUGGCCGCCCUUGAACAUCCGGGUCAGUCGGUUUCGCAGAAUGACAUCAAUCUGCUGAAUACCGCAGUGCAGCGCUCGCUUGGCCAUGGCCAUGUGGUUUCAAGUUCAUCGGGAGAUCAUAUCCGGGGUGUUGAUGAAGUGCUCUACGGACGUGCAGGGUUACUUUGGGUCGUUAUAAGUAUUCGAUAUUAUCGUCAUAUGUUAAACGAGAUGAAGGUGAAUACGGAAUCUCUUUUUGAAGCGAUUCCGAAGCUUGUUAAGAUGAUUAUUGAUGGCGGGAGACGCGGUGCGAGGGAUUAUGUUAAGAACUAUGGGGAAAAGGGCGCCUUGCCGUUGAUGUGGGUGUAUAAGGAUGAGAGGUAUUCUCUGGGGGCGAACACCGGCAUCCUCACAACCCUCCUCUCAUGCGAAGUCGAAGAACUUAAUCCCUACCUCCCGCUAAUAGCAGAAACAAUCACCGGAAUCUGCCGCAUUUCCAUUGCCAAUGACGGCCAUCUUCCCAGCUCUAUCCCCUCCCGAUCUAGAUCUCGAGGAUCCCCUCUUGUUCAAAUCUGUCACGGCGCACCGGGACUUUUGAUUCUACUCGCAACUGCCAGGAAGAGCACCCAUUUACGGACACAUUGGAAAUCAGAGUGGGACGAGGCUAUUUAUCUCGGUGCAGAGAGGGUCUGGCAGGAAGGUCUUUUAUCUAAAGGCGGUAGCCUCUGCCACGGACUUACGGGGAAUGCAUGGUCUUUGCUAGCCCUACACGAGUCCUUCGAGAUCGAGUCUGAAUCUGAAGGAAACGAGAAAAGUGACAAUUUCCUCUCUAGAGCACUAACUCUUCUACUCCUAGCGCGAGAAACACCGCCAUACAGCACGGUCCUGGGUAUCCCGUCUGGAUAUGACUUCCGCAUGCCGGAUAGACCGUAUAGUCUUUAUGAAGGGCUAGCCGGAGAGAUGUGUGCUUGGGCUGAGGCCUGUGUAGUGGUUCAAGCGAGGCUUUGUAAGGAGACAGGGCAGAGGGAGAAGCAUAAUGUUAAAGGAAAGGCAUUGGGAUUUCCGUGUCUGGGUGGGAAUGGGGUGAGAGGGGCUAUGUGA